AUGUCCAUGCAGGUCGACUCGGAUGCGAGCUCUGCACGAGCCGUCGAUCCAGCUCUGCUGUCCGGGCCCGACGCGGACGAUUUUGACUAUGAGUACGAAUAUGACGAGAAUGAGACCGAGACCUUUUACAUCAAUCUGGAUAUCACCACUCUGAACGGCCCGAUCCGUCCUCCCCGACGCAGACAGCCGCCCUCCACCGCUGCCACUUCUCCACAUGUUCCAUCGUCAACAAUCGGCUCGCCGGAAUCACCGCCAGACGAGACCAACGGGGCGUCGAUCGACCAGCCGCCAGAUGCCGUCGCCGAGGACCGAAUCCAGAUCCUGGAUCUUCACAGCCCCAAUCCUCUCAUCUCGUAUCAGAACCACAUCUUCAGCUGCUCCUGGGCCGACGUGAUUGGGACAGAAUUGUUCUUUUCUAAGCCAGAACCCGAGCCGGAGCAUGCUGGCCUGACCUGUCUCAGGCACGGGAAAGACUUUGACCUCAUCGCCGCCAACAGCGUCAAGAUUGUCGGACGCAAGGCCCAUCUGAUCUCGAAUUCGGGGCCCAGAGAAGACGACACCAGUGUUCACCCCCAGCAACAACAACAGCAACAGCAAGGCUUGCAGGUUUUUCCAGCGUCGCAUGCAAAGCGGACCAGCCAGGCGCGCUUUCUGCAACGUCUCGUGAACGCCAAACAGUCCAAGGGCGAAACCGACAUGGUUCGCACCGUCUACAGCGUCAAGCGGGGUCAGCACUUUGAAGAUCGACUGCGCGGGUGGGCCAGAACGGAGGAGCGCAUGGCGAGGAUCCAACGGCUGAGCCGGGACGCCCUCCAGGGGGACGCCGAUGCCAUUAGAGAAUUGCAGGAGAUUUACGCAGAGGUUGAGGCUGCUGCAGACAGCAGUAAUGCUGGUCCUGCUGCUGCUGGUCCAGCUCAUGAAGAUGCCUCACCUCACCAACCUGAGACGUGA